AUGGUUUGCGCCAACUUUGAGUUGCGUCGACCUUCCACGCCCCCUGGUGAGAGCAUAGCGGAUUUGCCGCUGCCGCCGCCGUACCAGUGGCAGGUUGUGGCGGGGCCGGCGGCGCCCGCCGGCGCCCUCACGGCCGAUCCGCGCGACGAGGGAACCCCUCCACCUCCCGCCGCGGCCAUGAGCGAAUCGAGCGCCUCCUCCCCGGACGGCAGCCCUCCGCCGCCGCCCCCGUCGCCGCCCCCGUUGCCGCCGGGGGAGGGAGAGGGAGAGGGUGUCCGCGCGCCGCCGUCCUUCGAGAAGAGAUCCGAGUCGCCGUGCGCAGAGAGAGACGGGUCGCCGUCCGUGGGCCGAGAGAGGGCAGCGUCGAGAGACUCGGCAGCCGGCAAGAUGCAAGGGCCGCGCGAGCCGGAUCGGCCGGCAGAUGCGGCGGGUCAAGGUCGAGACGGGAAGUGUUCGAGGUCGCGUUCGAGCGAUAAGGCGGACGUUUGCAAGGUCGAGAGGUCAAGGUCGCGCUCGGGCGACAGCGCGAGGUCGCGGUCUAGAGACGGGAAAGAAGGGAAGAAGUCGAGGUCGCAUUCGAAGAACCGGAGGAGGUCAAGGUCGCGAUCGAGAAACAAGAGGAAAUCAAGGUCGCCGUCGAGAAACCGGAGGCGGUCAAGGUCACGAUCAAGAGACAGGAGAGAUAGGAGGAAGUCAGUGUCACGGUCGAGAGACAGAAGGAGGUCAAUGUCGCGAUCGCGAAAUAGGCGAGAUAGGAAGAGGUCAAUGUCCAGGGACCGGAGGGAUAAGAGGAGGAGACAAGAGGAGGCAAUCAAGGUCACGGUCGAGAGACCGGAAGCGGUCAAUGUCACGAUCAAGAGACAGGAAGCGGGCGUCAAGGUCACGCUCCAGAGACAGGAAGCGGGCGUCAAGGUCACACAUGGGGCGCCCGUUAUAGCCGUGUGGGAAGCCAUAGCCCGUGUUCAAAUCCCGGCCGGCAACAGAGUGAUUCACGGCAAAGUAGUGUCUUAG